CCUUUACUAUCAUCGUCCUUUGUCACGGUAUCCUAACUUCCAUAUAUACCUUAGAACAAGAGGAACUUUGUAAGGGACUGGCGACUCCCUCGGCCUGGGGAUUUGCUAGCAUAAUGGGGACCAUAGGCUGGGAUUUCCAGAGCGAGUUCGUCCUGGGAAUGCGCCCGGAAGCUCCGCACCACCACCUCUCAGAGUCCCAAAGCUCCUUUUAGCCUGAAGGACUCGUAUCCCGGGCAGGAGGUAAAGGAGAGCGGGUACGUGUGGUAAGAUGCACAGUUUUGAGGGACUAGGAGCUUUGGAGCAGAGCACCAAACGCCCCUAUCUUCCCCUCCCCCCCUCGCCUGCAGCUGUGGCAUGCCUGGCCUUCUCGGAAAGAGGACCCCCCUCCUUCCUCUUCCCCUAGUUCCUGCAUGCUCAAGGGAACCUGAGAAGCAGUGGGGCGAUAGGGGCUCCAGGCGGGAGGGGCUGGGAGAAUGGGUCGGAUCUCACUGGGGAAUCCUCAGUGACAGUAGGGAGCGGCACUUGAGGAGCCGGCUGAGUGGUGCCCUGCCCCAGGGAGGACACCCACAGCGCCCGGGAGGCCCGGAGGGCUCACAUGGCUGCGGAGUCGGGCCCACGUGCUGCGUUUGUUUUCAUUCAGCAGAAGCCGUGGCCGUCACCCCAUUGGUCGUUGCAUUCCGGCCCCGUUACAUAAUGAGCUCCGCCCCCCCCGGUCGCCCCGGCAACGCGUGUUCCCAUCUCUCCUCCCCUCAGUUGCCCCGGCCGGGCUGGCGUUUGGGGCCCAGCCCAGGACCUAGAGGCCCAGGAGGGGCGGGGCGGGGGCGGGGCUGCUGCUCUCGACUGACGGGAAGCGGAGAGGGCGGAGCCUCGAGUUCCGGGGUUCCUCGUUGGGGAGCCACGUGCAGGACGCACACGUGGAGUGGGGACGUGAGGCCGGCUGAGGGCCCGGCUCCCGCCCCGCCCCGCCAAGAUCUGGGUGAAGCUGGGCUGACUCACCGCCCCCGCCUGCCUCCUUUUCCUGUCCGCCUGCCUGGGGCCCCCUUCUCCCCAUCACCGAAGAAGAGUGGUGUCAUCACCUACAUUGGCUCCAGCGGCUCCUCCCCAAGCCGUACCAGCCCUGAGUCUCUCUACAGUGACAGCUCAAAUGGCAGCUUCCAGUCCCUGGCGCAAGGCUGCUCUGCCUACUUCCCACCGUCGCCCACAGGCUCCCUCACCCAGGACCCAGCUCGCUCCUUUGGGAGCGUUCCACCCAGCUUGAGUGAUGAUGGCUCCCCUUCUUCAUCUUCCUCCUCAUCGUCCUCCUCCUCCUUCUAUAAUGGGAACCCCCCCGGGGGUCUACAAGUGGCCCUGGAAGAUAGCAGCCGCGUGUCCCCCAGCAAGAGCACCAGCAACAUCACCAAGCUGAACGGCAUGGUGCUCCUGUGUAAAGUGUGUGGGGAUGUCGCCUCGGGCUUCCACUAUGGUGUGCAUGCCUGUGAGGGCUGCAAGGGCUUCUUCCGCCGGAGCAUCCAGCAAAACAUCCAGUACAAAAGAUGUCUGAAGAAUGAAAACUGCUCCAUUGUCCGCAUCAACCGCAACCGCUGCCAGCAGUGUCGUUUCAAGAAGUGUCUCUCGGUCGGCAUGUCUCGAGAUGCUGUGCGUUUUGGGCGCAUCCCCAAACGAGAGAAGCAGCGGAUGCUUGCCGAGAUGCAGAGUGCCAUGAACUUGGCCAACAACCAGUUGAGCAGCCAGUGCCCGUUGGAAACCUCGCCGGCCCAACAUCCGACCCCAGGCCCCCUGGGCCCCUCACCACCUCCCGCUCCGGCCCCCUCACCCUUGGUGGGCUUCUCCCAGUUCCCACAACAGCUGACGCCUCCCCGGUCCCCAAGUCCUGAGCCCACAGUGGAGGAUGUGAUAUCCCAGGUGGCCCGGGCCCACCGAGAAAUCUUCACCUAUGCCCAUGACAAGCUGGGCACCUCACCGGGCAACUUCAAUGCCAACCAUGCGUCGGGCAGCCCUCCGGCCACCACCCCACACUGUUGGGAGAGUCAGGGCUGCCCCCCAGUCCCCACUGACAACAAUAUCAUGGCUGCUCAGCGUCAUAACGAGGCCCUGAACGGUUUACGCCAGGCUUCCUCCUCCUACCCUCCCGCCUGGCCCCCUGGCCCUGCCCACCACAGCUGCCAGCAGCCCAACAGCAACGGGCACCGCCUCUGCCCCACCCAUGUGUACCCAGCCCCAGAAGGCGAAGCACCUGCCAACAGUCUACGGCAGGGCAACUCCAAGAACGUUCUGCUGGCAUGUCCCAUGAACAUGUACCCACACGGACGCAGUGGGAGAACCGUGCAAGAGAUCUGGGAGGAUUUCUCCAUGAGCUUCACACCUGCUGUGCGGGAGGUGGUAGAGUUUGCCAAGCACAUCCCUGGCUUCCGUGAUCUUUCUCAGCACGACCAGGUCACCUUGCUUAAGGCUGGCACCUUUGAGGUGUUGAUGGUGCGCUUUGCAUCACUGUUCAACGUGAAGGACCAGACAGUGAUGUUCCUCAGCCGCACCACCUAUAGCCUGCAGGAACUCGGAGCCAUGGGCAUGGGCGACCUGCUCAGUGCCAUGUUUGACUUCAGCGAGAAACUCAACUCCCUGGCGCUUACCGAGGAGGAGCUGGGCCUCUUCACCGCGGUGGUGCUCGUCUCUGCGGACCGCUCGGGCAUGGAGAAUUCCGCUUCGGUGGAGCAGCUCCAGGAGACGCUGCUGCGGGCUCUUCGGGCUCUGGUGCUGAAGAACCGGCCCUCGGAGACUUCCCGCUUCACCAAGCUGCUGCUCAAGCUGCCGGACCUGCGGACCCUGAACAACAUGCAUUCCGAGAAGCUGCUGUCCUUCCGGGUGGACGCCCAGUGACCCGCCCGGCCGGCCUUCUGCCGCUGCCCCCUUGUACAGAAUCGAACUCUGCACUUCUCUCUCCUUUACGAGACGAAAAGGAAAAGCAAACCAGAAUCUUAUUUAUAUUGUUAUAAAAUAUUCCAAGAUGAGCCUCUGGCCCCCCGAGCCUUCUUGUAAAUAACUGCCUCCCUCCCCCAUCACUGACCCUCCCAUCCUCCCCUAUUUAAAUCACUCUCCCACCCCUCCCUUAUUCUCUAGCCCCCCGAUUUGUUCUAUUCCUGUCUCAAAUCCAAUAGUUCACAGCUGA